AUGGCGUCAGAUGAUGACGAUGGCGACGAGUUUGGUAAAACAAAAUCGCAACAAAUGUGUGCAUAUAAAUGCUGUAAAAAGUGUAGUGUAAAAUCAACCACUUGUGUUAAGUGCGGGGCUGUCUAUCAUAAUGGAUGUGCCGCGAAAUAUAGAGUUUCUGCUAUUGAUUCAACCAGAAAUGUCUGCUGCUCCUCAAGUGAGGUUACAAAUACCAGUUUAGCAUCUCCUUCUAACGCUUCACUGCUAUCUCCAUUUAAUUGGCCAAAUGAAAAUAGUGCUGAAAAACAUAAUGAAAUGGAUGCCCUCAAAAAAGAAAAUGUACUUCUUCGUGAGUUGCAUAAAUCUGUAGUUAGUGAAUUACAAACGCAAAAAGAAAACAAUAAACUUCUUUAUGAGAUAAUCGAGUUAUUAAAGAAGAAUACUGGAGCGCCAUCUAGAAAACAGCGCCCCGAACUAUCGAUUACGGUACCGCAAUCCCUACAAGCUGAGUCGGUAAAUAAAAAUGUAAUGGCCAGUAGUGCAAAUGUCCCACAAAAUGCCAACAACAUGGAGAAUAAUCAUAUGGUAAACAAUGUUGUAGCUCCUCUGGCUGAAACUACGUCUUACUCUUCUUUGUUAAAACAAACCUCUAGUAAUAAAAACAGUAAUAGUGCACCAUCUACGAAAUCCCAACAGGUAAUACGCAGAAUUAAUGCUAUGUAUGUGUCUACAAAUACUAAUAUUACGUCGGCGGCCCGUUUAAAACUAAAGACUGUGCAAGGACGUCAGUUUACAUGGAUAUUUCUUUCUAGAUUGUCUCCGGAUAAUACUGAAGAAGAUAUUAUGGAAUGUUUGAAGGAGGCAAACCCAAACUGUACCACUUUUGAGUGCAUUAAAUUAAUUCCUAAAUACGAAAAUGCAAGAUUCGUUUCGUUUAAAGCAAAGAUACCUUACGAACUCGAAAAUACUAUCCUGGAUCGUGAAUUCUGGCCUUCGGGCACACUUGUCAAACGUUUUUAUUUUCCAAAAAAUGAUACAAGUAACAAUACAGCUCUAAAAUCGACUGAAGCCAAUCAAAAUACAAUUCCAACGCCUUCACAAACUAAUGAAGAUGUUUUAAAGAUUGGUACAGAUUUUGGACUUUCAACAAACACUGUGGUGGGUGUAGCUGCGGCUCUUCGUACUUCUACAAAAAACAGAAAAUUGUUUGAGCCAUAUUUGAAAGAAAAAAUGCAGAAUCUUAAUCAUGCUUUGGAUAGCUAUUUUACUUCCAAGGAGUGUAAAGUAAUUUGCACCGAGAAGAAGAAUAAGGAGAAUAUCGCUACGGAAACCUUGGUUUAUUGCAGUAACAUCGAUGGACUUUUGAAACGCAUUAAAAAUAAAAGAGAUGUAAAUGAAACCCAUUUAAAAUUUGGCAUUGACGGGGGAGGAGGAUUUUUGAAAAUCUGUCUCUCAGUGCAAAAAACGAACGCCAUUGAUGGACCUAAACACAGAUUCUCCUAUAAGGAUUCUAAUGCAACAACCAAGUUCAAGGACAGUGGUGUUAAAAAGUUAUUUUUACUGGGAAUAAUUGCUAAUACGAAGGAAAAUUAUGAAAAUGUGUUGAUGUUAUGGUCACUCCUGAAUAUAAACAAAUUUAAUGCAACGAUAGCCACAGACUUAAAGCUAGCGAAUAUUCUUACAGGUAUCAUGUCUCAUUCAAGCUGUUUUCCUUGUACGUGGUGCUCAGCGGCGAAACAUCAACUGGGGAGUUGCGGAGAGUACAGAAGUUUAGCGAUCUGCGCAGCUAAGUAUCACGCUUGGAAACAAAGUGGAAGCAAUAAGACAAGAGCCAAAGAGUUUGAAAACUGUAUGCAUUUACCGAUUAUUGCAAAAAAUGAUAAUACAAUGAUUAUUGAUAUUAUUCCCCCACCUGAGUUACAUUUAAUGUUAGGAGUCGUAAAUACACUAUUCAAUCAUAUGCUCAAAGAUUUUGAAAUAGAUGCUCUAAAUUGGGCAAAAGAGUGUAAUAAGUGCCUCAGCCAAGAAAGUGGGUGGAGCGAGUUGUCAAGGUUACCGUUGUGCUCCCCGGUUAAAAGCAUUUCAGUAGCCAUGGAACACAGAGACAAGGAUGAUGGAACAGUGGUCUAA